GUGAUAGCGUGCAGGUCACGUCCUCACGGCACAUGAGGCAUUAAUUGACGACUCUCGACCUGACGUGCUGCAACCUUUCCUGUUUCACACCUGUGGUCGCGUUCACGGAGAUAGCAUGUACAUCUGUCAGGAUGUAGUUCAACGCUCUAUCCACACAUGGACGAUGGCUUUGCUAUUUAUGUCCUAGCCGUGCGAGCUAACUCCCCCGGGUGCUUGAGGGGAGGAGCUUUUCGUAACUUCUUUGGCGCUUGAAAGCUAUAAUGGCACAGCAGCAAGCUCAAGAUCCGGAGGAGCUCAUCAAGCAAACCAUAUUGCGUCUGGAGCAGCUGGCCCCGGUACUCCGAUGGCCGCGAAUCGCCUAUCAAGCCAAGCUGAACCCCUACGGCAGCUUUUACGCCACCUUCUAUGAUGCCGCGAGCAAUCGUCGGGUCGAUAACACACAGGCUGGCCCCAGCGCGACUCAGCCUGGGUCCACCUCUCCUCCACCUGGCUCCUCCGGUGGGGACGGUCAGCAGCCCACGGCGGCAGCAGCAGCACCCGGCGCCGGGUCGCCCACCCCCACCCCCACCCCGGCCGCACAGCAGCCCGGCAGUGGCGCCGCCCCGCAGCGGCAAAGCACCUCCCCCAGCCAGGCACCCCAGCAGCAGCAGCCUGCCUUGCCGCCCCCGCAGCAGCAACAGCAGCAGCAGCAGCGGAAGGGCCCUCGCGGCUUCAACAUCCCCCGGCCUGCGGUACGGCGGCCGGCACCCCUCUCUGCCGUACCGGACCAGGACGGGGCGACCUCGGGACCCUCGCCCACUGGGUCCCAGCUGGCGCACUCGCCAGGGGCAGCAGCGGCGGGGGCUGCGAGGCAGCAGCACUCCCCUGCGCAGCGCCGAGGGGGACUGGGAAGGCGUCGCGGAGAGGGUGAUGCAGAGGAGGCGCAGCAGUCGAGGGGGGUAACCGACGGCGUUGCUGAUGGGGCGGCGGGUGAGGGGGAGCCUACGUCGCCACCGGGCG